AUGCAGACCGUGACGCUCGUAAUCGCGGGCAUCGCCUUAGUUGCGUUCGCCAUUGUGUCUCUAAUCAACUCGAAAAUCGGUAAUCCGUGGAAAGAUGAAGCCAGCGAGCCGCCAGGCCCGACACUGAUACCAUGGGUCGGCCGAAUCCAUGAUCUACCAAUUCAGUACAUGUGGCUCAAAUUCAAAGAGUGGGCCGACAUCUACGGACCUAUCUAUCGAACGCAAAUGCUUGGAGACACCUUCAUCAUUAUCACUGAUGAAAAGAUCGCGGAGGAUCUGUUGGUCAAGCGAGCGAAGAUCUACUCCGAUCGACCCCAGAUCAGAUCCCUGUUCGACGCUAAAAGCACCUACGGCUCCAUGGAAUAUUUGCCGCUCAUGGGUCACAACCAAUACUGGGCGCGCCAACGGAAAUUCACUCAUUCCUACCUCACAUCAGCUUCUAACGCUCAUUACUAUGGCACAGUGAAUUUCGAGACGAAGCGAUGGCUGCACAGACUUGCCAACAACCCUGACAAUUUCGCCUAUUUCCUGGAGGACAUGGCGUCCAAAGUCAUGUGCCAGCUUACUUGGGACGACCCAAGUCUCUCAGAGUACAUGACUAAAAGCGCGUGGGGUCUUCUGACACAAAUGUCGCCUGCGGGCCCCAUCACCAACCUCAUUACACCUCUGUGGGAACUCCCCUUCUCCAUCAACCCAUGGCAGCAAGCUGAACGGAAGCGGCACGACGAGCAACAGCGAUGGUGGCUAGAACGGCUACAUCAUGUGCGCUCGCAGAUGGCGGCUGGACUUGCUCGUUCAUCCUUCACUCGAAAUUAUCUGGCCAGCGCGGAAAAAGGAGCGUUCAACAUUUCCGGCGAUCACGAGGCCUCGUCUGUCAUCGGCAUGAUGGCCCUCGUCGGAGUCUUCACCGUAGCAGGCCCGCUGUACUAUUUCCUCCUCUCGAUGGUUUAUCAUCCUGAAUGGCAACAGAAGUGCCAAGCAGAAAUCGACGAACAAUGCGACGGUGCAAUGCCAACGAUUGCAGACUCUGCGAAGCUGCCGACCCUGCGAGCUUGCAUCAAGGAGACCAUGCGCUGGAAGCCCAAUGUCCCCACCGGUGUCGCUCACGAAGUCGAGGAAGACGAUUACUACAACGGCAUGUUCAUACCCAAGGGUUCAAGAAUCCUUCCUCUCGACUGGGGCUUCCUUCGAAAUAGUACCAAAUAUCCCGAUCCCGACAACUUCCGUCCUGAACGGUGGCUCGAGGCGGGCUGGCCUACCUUCCAAGCUCCGCUCACACAAUUUCCAACAAUCAUGGGCAUGACUUCCUUCGGCUGGGGCCAACGCGCGUGUCUCGGUCAGACAUUGACCCGUGACGAGCUGCUCGUUGCCUGCGGUGGUCUCCUAUGGGGGUUUAACCUCGUGAAGAAGCGUGGAGCAGACGGAAAGCUGAUCGAUCCUCCGCUGAACAAGUCCAACUCGCUCCUGAUCGUGAAGCCCGAUCCGUUCGAGAUGGCUUUCGAAGCUCGCAGCGAGAGUCGCAGAAACGAGAUAGAGAAGAAUUGGGCUGCUGCUUCGGCCAUCGACACUGCAGAACGUGAAGCAUUCGCGGCAGUCGCUGCGGGCAAGACUGCUAUCUACAUCUAG